AAGAAUCCUGGGAGGAGGGGGAAGACCAAAUGAGAAAGAAGAGAAUCUCUCAGGGGGCUCAUCACCGGCAGCUGUUGCAGUUCUUGUCCGUCGACUCCGCUCCCAAUGCAUUCGUCCAUCAGAGCUUGUUCUUUUUUAUUAUUUUUUCCUUGUCUGCCAUUGAAUGCCACCGUAAACCUGGUUCAUGAUGGUCGUCGACAGGUCUAGCAAUUAAGUACCUCCUCUGUUCUCUUCUCUCUAUGCUCUGUUCCCCGCCGUAACACCUACUUCCCUCCCUACGCCUCCCUACCUCUAUUUGUUUUUGUAUAUUUCUGUCCCACCUCACCUGCUUAGUUCCUUUUAGCUCUGUGUGAGCUCAACAUCUGCGUCGAGCACGCUCCAUCAUUCCGUCGAACGAACACCUUGCACACUGUUGCAGAAAGCUAGCUUCUUUUGCUUCUGCAUGAGCUCUGAAAGAGAUCGCUUCUUGGAGUUCUUCUCGCCUUCUCCGUGAGCAAUCCGCAUUCGACUCUGCUUUGAGCAAAACAGAGGAAGAGGAGAUGAUAUCGGCGGUGGACCUUUACCACGUGCUAACGGCGGUGGUGCCGCUGUACGUGGCGAUGAUCCUGGCGUACGGGUCGGUGAAGUGGUGGCGCAUCUUUACUCCGGACCAGUGCUCGGGAAUCAACCGCUUCGUGGCGCUCUUCGCGGUGCCGCUGCUCUCCUUCCAUUUCAUCUCGACCAACGACCCCUACGCCAUGAACUACCGUUUCAUUGCGGCAGACACGCUGCAGAAGCUGAUCGUGCUGGCGGUGCUCGCGGCGUGGGCGAAGUUGAGCGCCCGCGGCUGCCUCGAGUGGACCAUCACCCUCUUCUCCCUUGCUACGCUUCCGAAUACGCUGGUGAUGGGCAUCCCCCUGCUCAAGGGCAUGUACGGGGCCGAAUCCGGUAGCCUCAUGGUCCAGAUUGUGGUGCUUCAGUGCAUCAUCUGGUACACCCUCAUGCUCUUCCUCUUCGAGUACAGAGGCGCCAAGCUCCUCAUCAUGGAGCAGUUCCCGGACACCGCCGGCUCCAUCAUCUCCUUCCAUGUCGACUCCGACAUCAUCUCCCUCGACGGUAAGGAGCCGUUGCAGGCCCAGGCGGAGCUUGGCGACGAUGGGAAGCUCCACGUGACGGUGCGCAAGUCGACAAGCUCGCGCUCCGAGGCCUACUCGCGGCGCUCUCUCGGUGGGCUCAACUCCGGCGGCAUCUCCGUCACGCCACGCCCCUCCAACCUUUCCAACGCCGAGAUUUACUCGCUGCAGUCAUCGCGGAACCCGACGCCGAGGGGCUCCAGCUUCAACCACGCCGACUUCUACUCUAUGGUCAGGAACGGCAACAGCGGCACGGCGAGCAGCUUGAGCCCGCGGCACUCUAACUUCGGUGGCGCAACAUUCGACGUGGAGACAGGGCCCAGGGGUAACGGCGCGGCUGCAGCCUACCCUGCUCCACCUACCACCGGAAUGUUCUCGCCGGUGAAGAAGGCUAAUGGGGCAGAAGGAGGGAGGGAUUUGCACAUGUUCGUGUGGAGUUCGAGCGCGUCACCUGUUUCGGAAGGAGGGAUGCAUGUGUUCGGAGGGACAGAGUUCAGGAACGAACAUGGAGUUGCGCAGCAAGAUGAUAACCGCCACAAAGUCCUAGAAGCCAAUCGCGACGCCUAUGAUUUGUGCCGACGGGAUGACUUCAGCUUCGGCAAUAAACCCAUUGGCCAGGGAAUGGAUCAAAUGAAGAAGGUUGGCCAGAGCCUUGCCAAUGUCGGCACAAAUUCAACAGAGCUCCACUCUAAAACGGGGGCUGAUGAAGUCGCAAAGACCUCGAUGCCGCCUGCGAGUGUGAUGACCAGACUUAUAUUGAUCAUGGUGUGGCGAAAACUAAUCCGGAAUCCUAACACCUACUCGAGCCUUAUUGGUGUUAUCUGGUCUCUCGUCUCCUUCAGGUACAAUAUUGAAAUGCCUGCUAUUAUUGCAAAAUCAAUCUCAAUACUUUCUGAUGCGGGACUUGGGAUGGCCAUGUUCAGUCUCGGUUUAUUUAUGGCAUUACAGCCGAGAAUUAUAGCUUGUGGCAAUUCCCUUGCUGCAUUUGCUAUGGCUGUAAGAUUUGUCACUGGUCCUGCUGUCAUGGCUGCUGCUUCUAUUGCAGUUGGGUUGCGAGGAGUUCUCUUACACGUUGCGAUAGUACAGGCAGCUCUUCCCCAAGGGAUUGUGCCUUUUGUGUUUGCAAAAGAGUACAAUGUGCAUCCUGAUAUUUUAAGCACAGGGGUUAUAUUUGGGAUGCUGAUUGCUCUUCCUAUCACUUUAGUUUACUACAUAUUACUGGGACUUUGAAGCUGAAGAGUUUCAUGGAACGCGAACAUUGACAGAUGGAGUUAGGAAGAUAGAAUGAUUUCCUGACCAACUAUUUAGUGUGACAGAGAGAGAGUUUAAAUCUUUGAACUUUGCAGUAAUAUAAUGACAAAUAGAGUAGUCAUGUAAAACUAGUUUUAAGUCACUAAACACACUAGUCUUCAAAAACCCUUGUAUUUCUUUUAUUCUAGUUGAAGAAAUGCAUCUGAAGAAGUGGUUUAUUAACA